CCAGCACUUCACAAGGAAGCAAGCUUCAGGCCCCGGGAAGCAGGUCAGGGCAAUCACGGCGCAGAUCUGGGUAUUGUUUUCCACUCGGGACAAUGAAGACGUUUCGAAGAGUUCCCAAAGUAACAAAUCUGCAACAGCAUAAAACCCACAAACAAACUGUUGUUUAGGGAGGACAUCUAUUCCGUAAAAUUCAGAAGAUUUCCCCUCUGCUCCUUUUCUGAUUUUGAAGCCUGAGCUGUAACCGGUCACCAGCAGCGGAGUGUGGACAGGACUGGACGCAGAUGGAUCCCACCAGCAGCAGCUGCAUGCGCAGUCCGCAACCUCCUGCCCCGCUUUGGGGGUGCCUGCGGAGCACCCAUGCGGACGUCACCACAGCUUCAGGGCUGAACCACUACCCGCCAGCACCAUUCUCCUUCCAUCAAAAAUCAGAUUUUGCUGCGUACUCUGAUUUCUCAACCUCCUGCCUGGUGACUGCUCCCCAUAGCUUCCCACGUGAGGAGCGGGCAUUUGUGGAGCAGCAUCCCUCUUUCCAACACUCUGACUGGCAUUUUGCAGCAACCGAGGCCAGAAGACGACUAAAUCCAGGACUGGCCUUGGGUUCUGGGGAGUCAGAAGUCAACAGCCCAAAUCCAGUGAGCGCGGCAGCGGGUAUGAAUGAAGAUGAGGAGGUACCAGUAAAUACUACAAAUGAGACUGAGAAAAAGUCAUCCAAAAGAAAAAAGGAAAACUCAGAAAACCAGAACUCGAGCAACAAGGCAGAAACAAGCAGCAAAUCGCGGAAGGAAAGGACAGCUUUCACAAAGGAGCAGCUACGGGAGCUGGAAGCUGAAUUUGCCCACCAUAACUACUUGACAAGGCUCAGGAGAUAUGAGAUAGCCGUGAACCUGGAUCUCACCGAGAGACAAGUCAAAGUAUGGUUUCAAAACAGAAGGAUGAAGUGGAAACGCGUUAAAGGUGGGCAACCAGUGUCCCCACAUGAACAUGACACAGAAGAUGUAGACUCUGCCGCCUCCCCCAGCUCUGUCCUCGCUGCAAUGGGAGAGGAGUACGGAGAAAGUAAUUGAUCAGAAAGUGGAUGCAACACUGCUCUGGGUCAGCUACACCACGGGAUGAUCCUGCGUGCAAAACCUCUAGCCCUGAAUCUUUUAAAGGCGCGUGAUGCUUUGGGUUACAGAGGCAAUUAAAGCCAAAGGAGGGCAUGAUUUUUAUUUUUUGUCUGAAUGAAUUUAACGCGCUCUGGAAUUGUCUUACUACCACAGAUGUGUCUGCAGAAUAAAAGCUAACAAGCACUGAAUAUAAAACAGGAGUAAUGUUGUCUAGGCUCUCAAACACUCAAAAAAUUACAGGUUGUCAGUCACCAAGAAAGGGUUCAGCAAGGGAUAAAGCAACGGCAUUGUCAUCCAACCUUUCCUGGUCACAUCUGUUCAUUCUGCAUUUGGACUUGACGUGGCACAUUUUCCUUGUGCCUUACUUUAAGAGAAAUAAAUACUUUGAUAGUCACUGAUUUUUCUUGCAAUCUGAACACCUGUACGGCUAGGCAGUAAGAUUACAAAAUAAAAAUUUGAGACCAAAACUAUAUACACAGAAUUCUGCUUACCAGUUUCAGAAGAGAUGGCUUGCAGAUUGACAGUCCAAGAGGGCAGGUGCCGUGUUGAUGGUAGCAAUUUGCAGAGGGAGAUUUCUUCCAAACUUACUGUAAAACCUGAAAUUAAAUUGCUAGAUCUCAAUUUCAAAUAUUUUUUCAAAACUCUCCUUACCAAAUGUCACAGUAGGUACAGCAGAGAUUAAGGCCUCAACACAAUAGCUGUCACUUUUUUUUUUUUUAAUAUUUAAACCUAUUUAACUAAAGGAAAACUACUGUUUAGUGCUGCAUUUCUUUUGGAUUUACGGAAACUCUCUGGAAACUCACAGUUUUCUUUGUGAAUUCAGGAUUGUCAAGAGAAGCAGAAAACAAUGUUAUCUGGGGUGAUUUAACUGAAUUUAU